CACUAUAAAUACGAGUGUCGACUACAAUGUGUCAGCAGUCACCAUUAUCCUGGGGUUCACGUAACAUUGUUACUCCUUUGUCUUCAACAUUUCACUGUGAGGAUCAAGAUGAGGGUUGAGAAAAGUGUGUUAAUGACAGUGUUCACUGGUGCCUCUCUGCUCCUCUGUCUCCUCGUUGGUGAGGGAGCUGCCCAGGAGGCUGGGGAGAGUAUCAAGUUCCGGCCAGAGGAUCCAUGCUCGGCGGAAGGUGGGAUCUGUGGUCUGGGUACUGCCUGCCCGGUUGAGCUGCGACAUCCGGAGAAGGGACUGUGUCCAGCCCAGCAGGGUCUGGGCGCAGAGUGCUGCUACGGGGUGCCAGACAACAUAAUCGUGUGCAGGGAGCGUGGGGGAGAUUGUGUCCCUGAAAGCAUCUGUGGUAGAGCCCCAAGGGACCUCAAGGGAGAGUGCGGCCUUGGUGAAGUUUGCUGUAUCUUCCUCUAGUUGUCACAACGUCUGUGAGCUUCUCUGAGAGUCUUCUAAUGAUCAGGAUUGUUGCUAAAUGUGUUUGUAAGCUGUGAUUGUGGCUGAAUGUGUGUAGGCAAACUAUGGUUGUCGCAGAAUGUGUGUAGGGAAACUGUGGUUGUUGCUGAUUGUUCAUGUGUGUAGGUAAACAGUACUUGUGGCCAUAGGAUGAAACGUAAAAUAAAAGUUCGUCCAUGGUUAGUGUUUUUGAGUUAUUAUCUUGUUUACGUCUGUGUGUGUGCCACUGGUCCCAGCGGAUGCGGUUUUCCGCUCCAGCGCCUGACCUCUAUCCACUGAGGAAUUUUUAGAAUGUCCGGAAGCUGCGUGGGCAUCUAUUCUAGCCAAGUACUGUUACGUCUAGUGAUCUUUUCCCAUCUGGAUCCUUCGUGGAUGAUACAGGUAAAGAGGAGAGCAACAUCUGCCUUUCCAAUUCCUUGCCACUGAGAGGUAUUUAAGGGUCGGCCAGGAAUAUGCUGUCUCGUUAAGUCUGCCUUGUGGUAUUUCCAUGAAUCACCAAUUCCCAGGUCGUCCUCUGCCAAUGAACAAUUUUUCUUUUUAUCAUAACCUAAAAUGAAAGAGGUUUAAAAUGACUACAUCUUCAGUUCAUAUUAUUUCUUUUACGAAAUGAAGUUGUCCCCAGCAA